AUGACGGGCAUCGAGGCCAACCCGAAGACCCAGGCAGAAAUAUUCCAGCACUCCCCUUUACCAAAAGUGAAGGGCUCCUUCAGAUUGAUACAAGUCAGACCUGAUUUCUCCGUCGACGGCCUCCCCGACUGCUACCUACAAAAUGCGCUAGUUCAAGAAUCGAACUAUGUCUGUCUUUCAUAUACCUGGGGCGAACCAGGGGACGAGUUCCCUAUCAAGCUCGAUGGAAAGCUACAUUAUGUGCGCCAAAACCUCUACGACCUCCUCCAAGCGGCACGCCAGCGUCUCACAUUUUGCACAUUGUGGAUAGACGCGUUGUGCAUAAAUCAAGCCGAUAUCGAAGAACGAAACCAUCAAGUUCAGCAGAUGGGUGACAUCUUUGCUGGCGCGAGAUUGGUCGUGUCGUGGCUAGGCAAUAAUUUCGAGACGCAAGAAUUCGUUCGAGCGGUGGGGCAGAAGUUCGACCGCCAGGCCUGGAAGACUUGGGAGGAUUUUUAUCACAGCAAGCACGGUGAUUCACCUCAGGGGAGCAGCUCUCAGAACGCAGAGCCGGACUCCAGCAGUCGCUCCGUCCCAGCUUACGAUCUCAGUCAAGAGAAUACGUACGACUCCGAGAUCUCGGACUCUUCACUCAUUAAGAAACAUUACGAUCUCAUUGCAAACAAUGCCUACUGGCAAAGGGCGUGGGUCGCACAGGAAAUGAUGCUAGCAAACGCGCAAGUAGUGAUGGCUGGAGAACACGUCAUCGACUUCCUGCCACUCGCGUACUACUGUGUGCACUCGACAAAGGAGUUAUAUUUUAGUUCUAUCAUGGAAUAUGCGUAUCUGUUGUACUGGUCACAGGACGACUACCUCGAGAAUGGCCCCAGCUGUUCGAUCUUGCAGAAAGGAAGGCGGCAGGCCACCCAUGGAUUGAUCUACCUCCUACGAUGGUUCCAAGGAAAAUGUUGCACACUUCGACGGGACCGCAUUUACUCCUUGCUAGCGAUUUGUAAGGGUGGCGACAAGGUCAGGGUCGACUAUGAUGGUCCAGAUACCGAGCUCAUCAUGCAAGUCCUGGAUGCAUGCAAAGAAGAGAUGUGCUUCUGCACUGCCGCCAUCGUUGCUCGCAUUGUGAAAGGGCCUGACUUCUCCCAUCUAGAACAAGAAACUUACGCCAUCACUGUAACGCAUGACUUCAAGCUUCAGGCAUACAGCUCGGACCUCGAAAUAUGUCCAUCAUGCUCUCAGCAGGUUACUCAAUCCCGACCUGGUGUGUACUUUUGCUUGCACUGCAGUUCCGAUGUUUGCCAACACUCUCAGGGGCAUCUCUUUUGGGAUAACACUCGUCGUGACGACGUAGUAGAUCGCUUUCGGCGUCGUGCUGGUCUCCUAUGGUUAGCCAGAUAUGAUCUCCGCGAGCCGCGCGUGCUGUGUAGGCCAGGACAAGGAAUCGAGAUCAACCGCGAAGAGGUCGAAGGCGAGUUCUACACCUUGCGAUUUUCUCUUGGUACACUCGUCGAUGUCAAGGGUGUCGAAUUUGAGACGAAAAGCACGUUCAUUCAUCGCACACGUGUCGUGGUUGAUCACAAUAUCUGCUCUUCGGCAUGA